CCGGGCAAACUGUCAUCUGUCUGCAUAUUAAAGAUGGCAGGAAACAAGUCUUAUACUAUUGUAGAGUAUUUCGGAGGUGAUGAUGGUUACCGCUGUGGUUACUGCAAAAAUGAAAAGGGAAACUUUUCUCAUGGGAUGUGGUCUCACACCAUGACAGUACAAGAUUACCAAGACCUCAUAGACCGAGGUUGGAGAAGAAGUGGGAAAUACGUCUAUAAGCCCAUAAUGAACAAGACAUGCUGUCCACAGUACACCAUCAGAUGUCAUGCACUGAAAUUCCAGCCUUCCAAAUCCCACAAGAAAAUCCUGAAGAAGAUUAGCAAAUUUAUUUCCAAAGAGGAGCUACCUAAAGGUCAAGAAGAUGGGGAGCCAAUGGACUCAGUUUGUGAAGAAGCAGGCCCACGGGAACCGAGUCUACUUUGCCACCCAGAAGUGAAGUGUACUGAUAUCGCAGACAUUCAGAAAGAAAUCGCAGAGUGUCCCACUAUCACAGAAGUUCAGAAGGAGGUAGCAGAUGCCGCACCUACCAGCUCAGAAACACCAAGAAAUGAUGUGGCGUCUCUCCCGGAUGGGAGAACAGCACCUGCAGCUCCUAAACCGGGUAUGGGAGUGGAUCCUAACCGGCCCCCGUGUCGGAAGGCCAAAGACUUAAGGAAGGAGCGACGUCUUCAGAAAGAGCAGAUGAGACAAAAUGCUGAUGGUGUCCCUUCCAUUGUCACUCCGACAUCACCCACUCCCACCCAGAUCAACCAGCCCAAAACCUUGGAAGAUUUCAUAGAUGAGUCAUUGGCGGACAACGCUUCUCAUUGCCUUGAGGUGAGGCUAGUGCGCUCCAAUCCCCCUUGCCCGCAGUUCAAAGCCUCUUUCGACGCCUCCUACCAGGUGUACAAACUCUACCAGAUGGCCAUUCACAAGGACCCUCCUGACAAACCCUCCGAGAGCCAGUUCCGGAGAUUUCUCUGUGAUUCACCACUAGAGGCAGAGUCCUCUCCUGAUGGGCCUGAGAUGGGCUACGGCUCCUUCCACCAGCAGUACUGGCUGGACGGGCGCAUCGUGGCAGUGGGGGUGAUCGAUAUCCUGCCUACCUGUGUGUCUUCUGUCUACCUGUACUACCACCCAGAAUUUGCCUCACUGUCUCUGGGCUCCUACUCUGCUCUCAGGGAGAUCUCUUUCACCAGGCAGCUGCAGAAACAGUCCCCCAAACUGUGCUACUACUACCUGGGCUUUUACAUUCACUCCUGCCCCAAGAUGCGGUAUAAGGGGCAGUACCGGCCUUCAGACCUCCUGUGCCCAGAAACCUACAUCUGGGUACCAAUAGAGCGAUGCAUACCCCAGCUGGACAAUACCCGCUACGCUCGUUUAUGCCAGGAUCCCGAUGCAGGAGAUGCUCGGGUCCUGACAGAUGUGGGCAGAGCCAUGGUGCUAUAUAGGAGGACCGUCAUGCCCUACGUAGCCUACUCCCGCAAACGCAAGGGCUCCAGCGACGAGACGGAGGUGCAGCAGUACGCCGGCUUGGUUGGCCAGGAUUGUGCCGAAAGGAUCCUGCUUUACCGCGCCUAAACCCACAGAAUCACACCACCUGCACCUUUUUAAUACUCAUAAAUACACAAAUGUCUGUUUCUGUUACUGUCUGUCUCCUCACUGUUUGUGAAAGUGCUUUCUGCUGCCUCUCCCUGUAGUCUCACCAUGCUUAGCUCCACACAGGCUCAACAAAGCAGUAGCUAAUCACUAUCUACUGAAUUCACCCACUGGCCUCAUUCAUCAGUUAUAUCUCAUUCACUUUUAUUUUACAAGUUAGAUUUUUAUUAAUCAGUGAAUCCUGCAGCAUCUAUUCUCAGUUUAGUUUAUGUGCACCCUUUUGCUUCAUUUCACACCCUACAGGGACCAGUCCCUUUGAAUGUCAUUUUGAUAUCAUUGCUUUGAUUUUUGCACCAUCCUCAAACUUGUGUGCUGAAGUAAUGAUGUUGUAAAAGAGUGUUUUAGCUACAACACAGAUGAUGACUUUCCUGUGAACUGACACAGGGUUGGAUUUAUGUCAGCGUUGCCACUUGAAGAGCAUGUUCUCCUUUGAAUGUCUUGCAAAAUUAGUGGUUUUUCACUUGCUUAUAUUAGAUCCCAACACAUCAAGCUGUCUCAUGCUAAAUCAUAAUGUAAUAAAAAAUCUUAUCAGUGGGUUAUUGUGGAGGAAAGAAUUCCCUGUUUAUUUACUUGUCUGAUGUUUUGUCUGUUAUAUUUAUAGCUUUAUUUGCUUUUCUUUUAAUAUGGACACUUAUAAUAUUGGGUAAACCAAAUAAAGAGGUUGUGUAUUCCCUAUUUGGACUUUGAGGCUUUCUUUUGCAUGCAAAUCAUACAAUACAGCACUGGAUUGA